UCCUGGCUCCAAGUGAGUCAUGGUGCUGUCGGAGCUGGCGGCGCGCCUUAACUGCGCCGAGUACAAGAACUGGGUGAAGGCGGGUCACUGCCUGCUGCUGCUGCGCAGCUGCCUGCAGGGUUUCGUCGGCCGCGAGGUACUCUCUUUCCACCGCGGCCUACUCGCUGCAGUCUCUGGCUUGGGUCCGCGCGCCGCUUGCCGCAGCGGCUCACGGUGCAGUCCGCGCGCCCGCCAGUUUCAGCCACAGUGUGAGGUGUGCGCUGAGUGGAAACGGGAGAUUUUGCGACAUCACGUCAACAGAAAUGGAGACGUGCACUGGGGAAACUGCCGGCCGGGCCUCUGGCCCGUGGAUGCCUGGGAGGUGGCCAAGGCCUUCAUGCCCCGAGGACUAGCAGACAAACGAGGACCUGAGGAAUGUGAUGCAGUUGCUCUUUUAAGUCUCAUCAACUCCUGCGAUCACUUCGUGGUUGAUCGAAAGAAAGUCACAGAGGUAAUUAAAUGUCGUAAUGAGAUCAUGCACUCUUCCGAGAUGAAAGUAUCUUCUGCGUGGCUUCGCGAUUUUCAGAUGAAGAUCCAAAAUUUUCUGGAUGAAUUCAAGAACAUUCCAGACAUUGUGGCAGUAUAUUCCAGAAUAGAACAGCUGUUGACAUCUGACUGGGCUGUUCACAUCCCCGAGGAAGAUCAGCGAGAUGGGUGUGAAUGUGAAAUGGGAACUUACCUGAGUGACAGCCAAGUCAAUGAAAUAGAAAUGCAGCUACUAAAGGAGAAACUUCAAGAGAUAUAUCUUCAAGCAGAAGAGCAAGAGCUGUUGCCUGAAGAGCUCUCAAAUCGACUAGAAAUGGUGAAGGAAUUUCUGAAAAGCAAUGAGGAUCUUAGAAAUGGCCUUACAGAAGAUAUGCAGAAGCUAGACAGCCUCUGUCUACAUCAAAAACUGGAUUCAAAGGAACCUGGGAGCCAGACACCUGACAGGAAGGCCUGAGGUUGCCCGUCAAUGAAAAUCAGGCAUGUUCUGUGAAAGUCAGCAUGCUUCUGUCUCAGACAUCCUUUUCUGUGCAAAAGGAAAAAGUUACCAGCGUAUUGUACCCGAACAAAAAGGAAUUUUUGUUGUUUUGUCCUGGACUUUGCUCUGAUUCUUUGGAACUUUUUCAAUAUUCAUAAACUUGGGGUUGUAUAAUCUAUCGCAGUCAAAAAAUAUUAGAUACUCUUAUGCCAAAACUUGCUACCAGGCCAGGUGUAGUGGUUCACACCUGUAAUCCCAGCACUUUGGGAGGCCAAGGUGGGCGGAUCACCUGAGGUCAGGAGUUCGAGACCAGCCUGGCCAGCAUGGUGAAACCCCCGUCUCCGGUAAAAAAAAAAAAAAAAAAAAAAAAAAAAAAAUUAGCCAGGCAUGGUGGUGUGUGCCUGUAAUCUCAGCUACUCAGGUGGCUGAGGCAGGAGAAUCACUUGAACCUGGGAGGCAGAGGUUGCAGAGAGCUGAGACUGUGCCACUGUACUACAGCCUAGGCAACAGGGUGAGACUCUGUCUCCCAAAAAAAAAAAAAAAAAAAAAAAAAAAAAAGAAAAACACACAAAAAAACUUGUUACCAUCCAGGGAUUUUUUGCUAUUUAAAAGGUGAAUUUCUUUUCUGGUCCUAAACUGUAGCUGCUUAACUUAGUGAAGACUGUGUUUGGCCAGGCCUGUGCCAGAGGCUCACCCAGAGUGCUCCACUUGGCAGGCAAGUCCUAUUCCUAUUCACCCAGGAUGCCCAAGGCUGCGCUGGGAUAUAAACGUUGGGAUAGAAAUCUUUCCUUUAUAGAAGAAAGCAAGAAGAAACAUUGCCUGAAAGCCGAUUUUCUAGCCAUUUCCAAUUAGUACAGAAAUGUUACUGUUACUGGGUUCAGUGGCUCAGGCCUAUAAUCCCAGCACUGUAGGUGAAUCACUUGAGCCCAGGAGUUUGAGACCAACCUGAGCAAGAUAGCACAAUCGCGUUUCUACAAAAAAAUGUAAAGAUUAGCUGGGUGUGGUGGCACACACCUUUAGUCUCAGCUACUCAGGUGGCUGAGGUGGGAGGAUCCCUUGAGCCCAGGUGGUCAAGGCUUUGGUGAGCUAAAAUCAUGCCACUGCACUUCAGCCUGGGUGACAGAACAAGACCGUCUCUCAAGAAAACCCCCCAAAAUUGUUACUACCAGGUUGGAGUAGCCUAAGGCAGUAGGGCAAGGAGGUGGGCCUAGGCUGGUCCGUGGGGAGCUGGAGAAUGGUGACUCGAGUGACCAGUGAACAGGCAGGACCCAGGCCAGCAUCACAAGCAGGGAUGUCGGGCGGGAGUCGGGGAGCUUCUCGCUUGACAGCUUGUUUACGGUACACUUUUGAAAAGGACACUCCCAGGGCCUGGCUGUCACAUGCUCAAUGAAUAUUUGACUGAAGGGUCCUCUCUUAGCGUGGGAGUAUUCACAGACCUAAAUGUUAGUUAUACUAUUAACUAAGCCUGGUCCUUUGUUGCAGAAUUUAAGAAGGAAAUUGCAACAUUCUUGUGGAAAUUCAAAGACAUUUUCUUUUAACAAAUUCAUUCAUUCAUGCUUCUUCUAUACCUUUUACCCAUGAAGUCAUCCACUCCUGACUUCCUCCUGCUUGUUUCCCAACCUGCGCAAUGAAUGCCCCAUUGUAGGCAGUGGUCUGUGGAGUCAGCCUCACUUUCACCUUCUCCUGCAUCUACUUGUUUCCGAGGCCAGUGGUACUUCACUGGGUCAAGUUGCCUGUGGACCUUCAGGAACAGAAUUGCCAUGUGCCUCACUGCCUGCAGGAAGGGCUCCAUUCUAAGCGCAGUGAAGAUGUGCUCCAGUGCCUUUCUACCCACCCACCAAGGAUGUCCUCUGUAGAAUGGGUGGAGGCCCAGGGCAUAUUUGGUCUAUAUUUUAUGUUAAAAUGCACUUAAUAUAACUCUGUAAGCUCAGAUGAAUGCAAAUGUGCCUGUAACUUCCUGCUUUAAUCUGUCAGGUAGUAUUUAGUCUUUGUCUUACAUUUUCUUUCCUCAUUUCAUGAAAUUCCUUGAGAAGACUUCAACAGUAAAGAAAGAAGAAAUUUCAUUCAUCUCACAACUCUUCCAAACUCAGAAACUUGGUGAAAUAUUUCCGAGCUUCUAGAUGUGAUACACAAAACUUGGGAUCAUAUGGAAUCUUGAUUCACUAACCAAUUUAAGAUCUGAUUUCUAAUUUUAGGAACUUUGGGUUAUGAACACUUCCAUUUUCUAUCUGUGUCUAGCUAGUUUCUCCUUAUCUAUCCAACAAGCUUUUGUCAAGGGUCCACCAUGUGCCAGCCACUGAAGUAGAUAUAAAUAUAAGGAUGUGUAAGGUAUGGAUGACGGUGUACGAGCUGUCAUCUUACUGGAUUUGUCUGCUCUGAUAAAAGAUAUGGUUCCGAAAACUUUCUAAAGCCCCAGAAAGGGCUUUAAGGCAAU